AUGGCAUUUAGAUUAAGUCACAUGCGUGACCUUCACGUCAGUGCCACAAGAUCGACCCAUUUACUUUCUUCUGAUCAUGUGUUAGGAGGCUGUGCUUGUUCUAAUUCAGAUAGCUGCCUAUCCAAGGGUAGCUGGCCAAAAAACAGAGCCAACGUGGACCGCCCUAGUAUCAAACCCAAGAUCCGGAAGGGGAAACAGGUUUGGAAGUGCGUUGGCUGCCGGAAUUCAUUCUCUGAAGCCCUAUCACGAAUAUCUACAUUAGCGGGGUUGGAGAACUUGGAAAUGAAAGCUCAGCUCAGAGAUUCGAGAGCCGAACACCAUCCAGGGCUGCAGAAAGGCGAGGAUAUGGAAGCAGGUCAGACGAAGUGUGUCUCCAAGAAGGACACGCACUGCCCCAAGUCAAAAAGCGCGCAUCUGUCGUGGAAACUGGAAUACCAACAACAGUCGGGACGUCACGAAAAAGGCGAAGCUUGA